AUGGAGUUCAUCCUAGGAGAAUCCCCUUCCCAACCUCAACCUCGUCGUCGACGCAAGAUCAAAUGCAACUACCCUCCGACCCCGCCGUCUUCCCCCUCAAGCACAUCUGAAGCGGAAAAGAAAUGCAUCGAAUGCACAACUCAUAAGCGCACAUGCCAAAUCCAAGGCUACGUCGCGUCCGAGACAGCUCAAUCCGACUCGCAUGUAGAGAACUCUGCUGCCGUCAGCAGCGACACCGCAGCCCAGCCCAAUCUGAAAUCGUCGCUGAAGCCCAAGAUCUACAAGCGUCGGCGACAAGUGGAUCGGACCAGCCCUGACGCUUCUGAAGACGAGAGGCCACGGAUGAAGAUGCAUUUUGACAGGAUGGCGCCUGUGGUAGAGAGAAUUGCUAAGGAACGAGGUUCUGCCCACGUUGGCGCUUCGACUGCUCCGGGCCCGCUGGCCCCAUACUCGGGCGGUGCCGUCGCCUGGAAUGGUGAGAUUCCUCUCAGUGGGGGCUACGAGUUUGGCUUCAACACGAGCAGUCCAUUCGCAAAUGCAUUUACUUUCGACAUCGGAAGUGAUAGCAGCGUUGAUGCUCCGAAGAGUUGGGUCGGUGAUGGAUUUGAAACCUUCUUUGUCCCUAGCUCGUUAUCAGGCGAACCAGCGGUGGUGGCUUCCGAUGCUCAGUCUACCCGCGAAGGCGAACUAGGCUUUGGGAUUCAGCCACAACGCUCUAACUUGGCUAAGCGCGUUGGUCUUGACCCUUUGAUUCCUCUUGAACAACAGAGCAAGAAAUCGAGCCCUCUGCUCUGCCAGCUCUUCAACAACGAAAUCUUCACCCAGGCAACACCCACUCCACAAAUCCUGACCGAGAAAGUCCAGACCCUGAGUUUCUCAGAUACCAACACUACCGAUGCGGAAAAGCUACUUUCGACGAUCAAUUCCGAACCAUACCUGCUCGAGGUACUGGAUAUCUCAAUCAAGUGGUGGAUUGCUUGGCGCGACCAGGCUUUCGCAUUGCAGGAUGUGUUUGCUUUCUCCAAGGAAGACCAAUGGCUGUCCGAAGGACCGAGUUGCAGCUCCUAUAGCGACACCAGUACUAACACUUCGUGUGCAUCGCCAUCGAGAUCAAGUCCAUGCUCGUCCGGCGCAAUGAGGACAUACUCUGGCGAUCAGCCUAUCUCGCUGCGGGAUUUUGUCAUGCUCAAGCUCUCCCACUCUGAAGACCCAGUCUCCAUCUCAACAGGUCUGCUCUGCGUCGCUCUGUCAUUGAGCCAACUUCGCUCCGGGGUGGACGAUUCGGUCUUGAACAUUUCCACCACCCCAGCCGAGGUUGCCGAGCGCAUCACCCUAGCGGUAGACACGAUUGUCCUCUCCCCGUACUCCAAGCCAGAAUACAUGUCGGAUGCGGGCGUGUUGCUAUUGCUGAUGAUGCGUGCCAAGAUGUUUGCAGAAAGUAACCAGCUGCGGAAAUCGUGGCUCAGCCUUCGCCAGGCUAUAGAGGUGGCGAAGAAGAUUGGUUUCACCGAGCCGAGAGUACCGCUAGACGCCGGCGACCUUGCGGCAAGACUGUGUCCAGGAGCGUUGACGAAGCUCUUCCACCGCCAGCGGUUCGUCGGUUCCAUCAUGGAGCUGGAUCGCCUGAUGAGUCUGGUCCUCGGGUUCCCACACGCCCAGGACGGGAAGUUCACCGAUCGCUUGGCCAUGACUGUCUUGAGAGGACAGGCGCCUCUGGAUGCAAAUGGAAGCAAGCCACACGUUUCAGCCGACAUUAAGAUGCGGGCGCUGCGCCGUGUUGUUUCCAUCGCGGCUGGUCAUGUCAACGACAGGAAUGGCUCUGCGGAAGCGGACGACGCGAAGUAUCAGACCACCAUGGAUAUCCAGAAAACCCUCAACGAGGCGGCUGCCGCAAUGCCAGAUGGGUGGUGGGAUGUGAACUCCCACAUUCACUAUGCCGACCCAUUCGUGGCGCACGAACAUCUCGUCGCCCAAAUGUGGUUCUGGCAGGUACAAGCAUUCCUCCACCUACCGUUCAUGAUGAAACCCUGCUCGAAGAUGCGUUCUUCAGACCCUCACCACAAGCGGAAGGACGACUUGGUAGAUGAAUACCUGAUCAACAGGUAUCUCUGUCUACAAGGAUGUCGUGGAAUGAUGCGGAUCUUCACUCUGCUUCGCUCUGAUCCUUCGCUAGCCGUCUUUAUCUGCGCCUGCGAGGAUUUCCAAGGAGUUUUCAGCGCUUGUAUACUCAUGGUGGGCAUUUUGAUCCGGUUGGCAUUUUGUCCACAGACGCUGCGUAGCCCGAAUGCCGACGUGAUGGGCAGUGUCAACGAAGACCUCGCUUUAAUCGGCGAGAUCAAGGACGUCUUCCGAUAUCGUGCAGUCCAGCAAGGUGGAUGCAUUAGCAAGCAAGGGUUGAAAGUGCUCGAGGAGCUGGGCUCCUUCUUACAUGAGGACAGUCCAACCGACGAUGGCCAGCCGUUGCGGAGGACGGUGGUUCUGCCCUACUUUGGAGCAAUUCACCUUGAGUUGAGGCCACCACGGCACCUGCGCUGCAAGUCAAUGGACAUGGACUCUCGGGAGUCAAGUACAGCGACCGACCCGACGCCUCCCAGCUCGACCGAGCACUCCGUUGAUGGAGGAUUUGAUCUCGAUCCCGCGAAUAUGACCCAUUUCGCAAUACCUGGUUUCGACGUCAACACCGCGUCGCAAGCCACUGGGCCGGACGGGAACGUGGAUUGGGAUCACUUCAUUUUUGGAACUGAGUUGGGCCAGGAUUGGGAGGCGCAAAUCCCGGAAUGGCCGGCUGAUGAGUCGCUUUGGGAAUGGAAUUAG